AUGGCAGAAAGACUUGAGAUUCCUCUCCUGCUAGAAGAAAAGUUGAACAGUUCCGGACCCGACGACACUUCCACCGAAGUCACACCGCACUCACACGUCAUUUCAGGUGGCCGGAUUGCAGCGACAUAUACGUUCGCAGAUAUGGGGGAGCUGAAUUACCACUCCGCCGUUUCGUACACAACUGUCAACACCGACACCGCUGAGGCCGUGCGAGCUGCUGAUGCGACGGUAUUGGAAAAGCUACAGGAAGCCAUCCGACCCGAACUCGAAUGUCAGCAUUUGUUUCCUGAUCUCCUGGUGGCGAGGAAGGCCCUUGCCGCACAGGAAGACAUGGUUGAUGAAGAGACCCAACUACCACUCUUCCCGUGCACGUUGGUAUAUCCCCAGAUGCCGACGUUUCUGCAUAUUUUCGAACCACGAUACAGGUUAAUGGUCAGGCGCGUCCUCGAAAACGGCACGCGCAAGUUUGGAAUGUUGGCAUACAAGCCACACAGCGAAUAUCAUCAAGGCGGCCCUCAUUGGCAGGAGUAUGGGACAGUCUUGUUCGUCGAACGAGUCGAAAUGUUGGCCGAUGGUCGGAGUCUCCUAGAAACAAGAGGCUUGUAUAAAUUUCGGGUCGUCGAAACCGGGAUGGUCGACGGCUAUCUCACUGGUCGAAUUCAACGCUUUGAUGACAUCAGCGUGCACGAGGAGGAGGCGAUAGAGGCCCGGGAGACGGGUGUGCCAACACAGCCAGAGGAUGAUGACCUUGUGCGACUCCUUCACUCGUCGACACAGCAACUCUUAGAGUACGGUUUAGAAUUUGUUCGUCAAGCACAAGCACGUUCAGCACGAUGGCUACACCAAAGGGUCCUUGCCGCUUACGGACAACCACCAGAAGAUGCUGCCACGUUCCCUUACUGGCUCGCAAGCGUUCUACCGAUAGCAGAGACGGAGAAGUAUGCCCUGCUGCCGGCUGCGGGCGUGAGGGAACGCUUGAAAAUUACGGCCGAAUGGAUAUACCGACUUGAGCAAGCGCGGUGUAAGUACGAAGCAGAGCUAGCUGCGAAAGUGCGAGAGCAGCAAGACCGACAUCAGCAGGAAACUCGUGAUGCUAUCGCACCUACUCCGCCCGCGCAGCUCGAGCCUCGCUCUGUGACCACACGAGGGCCUGAGCUUGCCGAGCCUGAAGCACAUGAGCUCGAGACUUCCGGGGCUGAAGCUGAAUCAACUGAGCUCCCUGAAAGUUAA